GACCGGAUGGAAGAAUGAGGGGACAGUGUGUGUGUGGAGUGUGAAAAUCUCACAGGUGUCGGAGUCAGAAGUCCAGCGCUGUUGCUGUUUUAUUAUUUCUCUCGACAAAACGAACAACAAAAGCUGAAGUUUCACUCGCGCGCAGUCCGGGGAAUAAAUAAGUAUCUUGCUGGAGUAAACAGAGGAGUCUUCGUCUGCUGAAGAUGAACAUAAAUAACGUUCACCGUUAAUUUGCUCCGGAACUCAGCAAAUGUAAGGACAGACAACAGAGGAAGAUUUUUAAUCAUAAAGAUUUUCCAUAAACACCUUAGUCAAGUUCUGUUUCUGUGGAAUUUUCCCAAUCCUGCCAGAUCGACUAGAGGGGUCCUCCAUAUGUCCCUAAAAAAUUAAUAACAAUAAUAUACUGAAGGAUCAAUACAUUGUGGCUCAUCAGGUUUUGAUGCGGGGCGUUGGACAAAUUUCAUUCUGCAGGAUCGGUUUAUUUUGAAAUGUGGAACAUUGGAUGUUAAGUUCUUUUUGGCACAUCUGUCAGGUGUUUGUUUGGACUUGAUUUGAAUUUUGUUUUGCAAGCACAUAACUUUGUGAAUUCAUUUAGCCUCUCAUGAACUGAGUUUUGCAAUUGCAUAUCUUUUGUUAGGUGGAUGGGAACUUGAACAAAAACCAAAAACAGGUUGUUGUUCACUUAUGCAAAAGAAAACCUCAAAGCAUCUUCUGUGUAUUGGAGAAUUUACUGUAUAUUUAAUGUUAACAAACAAGGGGAUGAAUGAAAAGAUCUUUGUUGUUAUUAGCCACAGAAUUCCAAUACUGUAAAAAUACUGUAUUGCAUUGUAUUGCUAGCGUUCCCGUAUAAUAGGUGACCAUAAGCCUUUUCCGUGCCACACCUUUCUGUUGCAGUUUCUUUUCGUUCUUCCAGAUCUUGCUGUCACUCUUCACUCUGUCCUACCACUAGUCCCAUUGCACCCUCGCCUUUCUGUAUGCUCCACGCUCUUCUUGGUCUCCUUGUCUCAUCCAUAAAUUCAUCUGCUAUUCUUCUCCCCACUGGCCGUAUUCCUCUAUAGAUAUCUGUGGCUCUUUGUCUGUUCUUUUGUACCCAAACAUACAUUUGCUUUCACACUUUAGUGAGUUUUUCUCCACCUUUCACGCUGGCGGGCACCAUUCCACCUAAAGGAGAGGAGGACUUUCUAACGCUUGCCGCCUCUCGGCUCAGCCGUCGCAAGCGUGUCAUCGGAGCGGCCGUGGGUGUGGCCAUGGUUCUGAUUCUUCUGGUGACCAUUCCAUUACUGGUCCACAGCACUAAAGGAGGAGGAGCCGGCAACGCGGGAAGCCAUUAUGAAAUGCUAGGAAGUUGUCGGAUGGUUUGUGACCCCUACACCACAUCUCACGGCCAGGAGCUAACGGCUGUUUCACCCGCACCUCCUGAUUUUCCAAACCGGAAAGGGAAAUCGGGUUAUCGGGGACCUCCGGGAAUCCCAGGACCACCUGGACCACGAGGACCACCUGGAGAGCCUGGAAAACCAGGCCCACAAGGGCCACCAGGUCCUGGACCUGGUGGGUACGUGCCGUCGUUCUACAGCCCUAAGAUUGCGUUUUACGCAGGCCUGCGCAAGCAACAUGAAGGCACUGACGUGCUCAAGUUUGAUGAUGUGGUGACCAAUGUGGGCAACUACUAUGAGCCCAGCACUGGAAAAUUCACAUGCCCUCUUCCUGGUAUCUACUUCUUCACAUAUCAUGUCCUGAUGAGAGGAGGAGAUGGGACCAGCAUGUGGGCGGACCUCAAGAAGAACGGACAGGUGAGGGCCAGCGCUAUCGCCCAGGACGCUGAUCAGAAUUACGACUACGCCUCCAACAGUGUGAUCCUGCAUUUAGACGUGGGAGAUGAGGUCUGCGUUCAGCUGGACGGAGGGAAAGUCCACGGAGGAAACACCAACAAAUACAGCACGUUCUCUGGCUUCCUCAUCUAUGCUGACUGACCCGCUCGUGAUGCUGCUCUACACACUCAGAUGUACUGUGUAUGAACGCACACACUCGAACACACACUCAUACACUUACGUACACACACCGAACAGGCUUGAAAGAAACGGACACGGUUUAUACGGAGCAGAAGGGCUUCGCAGACAUAACGGCAACCAAUUCCUUUCAUAAAGCAAGAGGAUUUCCGACGCGCUGUUUGUAUGUGUGUAAAUUAUAACUAUCCUACAUUAUACACUACUCCCAAAAUUAAAUUAAAAUGCUUAUAUAUGUCUAUAUCUAUCCGGGACGGUGACACGCUCAUAUUUUCAUGUGUACUUGUUAGUGUACUUGUCUCCAUUUUGUGUGUCGAUCAAACCCAGAGAUUCAGACUCGCUAGUCAACAUGCUUUAUGGUGAACUGAGCUGCAUUUACACAUGGCUGGACUUGAAAGAAAAUCAGUACGUAGAUGUACUUUUCACUUACUAGAUGCAGCCGUAGCACAGUACGGGCACGUAUAUAUGCGUACGCGCACGUCGUAGGGCUAGUGAUUAAUCUAAGUCCUCUUGUUCAAUUCAUUUGACGUAAAGUGACUGCUUUGGUUGUGUUGUGUGUGUGGAAUUGGAAGUAUGGCUCGCAGAAGUGCAAUCACACACACAAUGGCUCACUACAACCAAAUAAAUAGAUUUCCAAUCAGUCUAAAGAAUCUGAGCCGGACCGGAGCAUUAGUAUAUUGAUUAAGGCUGAUAACGCUCUUUAAUAUUCAAAUUUAAACCAAUACAAUGUUUUAUCCACACAAAUAAAUUAAAUUAUUUAGUACGUUAUAAAACAAAGGAUGUGUCAGUCUAAUAAAAGAUAUUACAAUGUAAAACUCAAAUUUAAAUGAAAAUGUUAGACUUUUGGCAAGGAAGGAUACAUUUUUAAUAUCAUAUCAGCAUUGUGUUACAGAAUUAUUUAUAAAGAGAUUGUAGAUUUUACUUUAAGAGAAAAUAGCCAAGUAAAAUUCUUUGUAAUUAAUACAUUUCUUUGACAUUUAAAGUGUAACUACAUUACAUGGUCAAUACACUUUCACAGUGAUCAAUGCGUUUGUAUGUAUUAUAUUUUAGAAUAUGUUUUUAUAGAAGUUGCAGAUUUAUAAAUCAAGCUCUUUACAUUUUCCUGGGAUCUGAAGUCCAGUAAGGUUGCUGUUUUAUGAGAGAUCUCAUAAAAUAAAAUAGGACAAACAUUUGAAUGAUAAAUCUGAAAAAGUGUGUCCCUAAAAAUGUUAGAUUCAUAACCUAUACAUUUUUGUAAGAAUGAAGGAUGAAGGAGUUGUUGAUCCAAGUCAAGCCAUGUGCAAAUACACUGAUACAAAUAUACAAAUAACAUGUCCAAACAUCAAAAACAUUCCCU